AUGCCGAAUCACAACUCCGUUUUCAACGUCCGCUCCGGACCUUCGCACCCCAACACGACGAUUAGCAAUGCGCAGAAUAUGAGUCCGGCCGAUCGUGCUGCAUGCGGAGGAGGACUCGCCAGAGGUUCCAACGGUCAAAAUCAAGUCACCAAUCAGACGCCCUCCCAAGUCGGACGCACCUUGGAGUCACGUGGCUACGCUGCCCUCGGCGGCUCUACUCCCAGCAACCAGGCCUACGUCAAGAAA